CAUGCCCAUGCUGAGAGCAGAGGCAAAUCUGCCAUCCCCUCAAAUAUGAUCCCUCAACAACAAACCACUGAGCAUGCUCAGUGGGGUCUGUGAUGCUGUUGCUAUAGGACUGUGGGGCUCAGAACCACUGUAGAGGGAGGAGGGAAGGUAUGAGGAACAGAUGAGCUGUGAGAAGUGCAGAGCAGAAAGAAGUGUGACUAAAGCGGAACUGCAAGAGGGAUGUUACCCAUUUCCUAUCUUUGCAUUUUUUAUUUUUCUUUCCUUAAUCUCUGCUGAGUGGAUGUAGAGCAUUAGGUUGUGAUCAUGCGGUGUGUUUGCUCCAGUUACUGUACAGACAGAAUAAGAGUGACUAUGUGCUGGCUCUCGGAUUGAUGGAGCUUUACGGCUGGAUUCCUUUAGAUUUUUGCUUCAAAGCACUGAAAAUGCAGACAUCUGAGGUUACAAGAGAUUCCUUUGAGCUUUGCAUUCACUGUGUUUAUGUCACUUAACCAGCCUGGGAUGCAAAGGCUGAUGCUUUGAAGUGCUGGUGCCUAUAAAAUGGACGUCUCCCCAAAGUCAGGAGAAACUCUGAUUGUGUGCCAUAUCCAUGGCCACUCUGUUGGGUGGCAUUUAUAUAACUCAGUACAGACAUCUAGGCAGCCACGCUCUCAGAAUUUAACCCACAGUAUAUCCCUACCUGAGAGAGGAGAUCUGCCGAGGGAAGCACUUGACUAUGGCAGUCUAAGCCACACAAGGAAGUCAAGUUCAACAGAAACAGAAGAAAAGAAGGUGACUGAAAAUUCUAGAGGAUAUGAAUCGUUCCCAGUGCUUUGUGUUUUGUCAGAGAACUCUCCAUCAUCCAGUCCUCAACUAAAUGAAGAGCCAUCCCAUUGCAGAGGUAAUCCCAGAUGGCAAAACCUUUUCAUCCCUGAAUCAGAAGUGAAUGAGGAUGAAGAGGAUGAGGACUCGGAUGGAGACAACUUGCAUAAGUACCAUGAGGGGUCAUCCCUUCAACUACAAGGAAAUGUGACUCAGUGUAAUAUGAAUCCUUUUAGCCAAGCCAAAGUAAACAAAGAACAAGGGAGGGAGCUUGAAACAUGUUGCUGGGAUUGUGGGGAUAGCAAAGGAACCCCUGUUUUAAUGGAAUGUGAUGAACAGGAUUGGGGUGAUGAGGAAGAGUUUAGCAAGCAAACUCUUGAGGAAUCUGGAAGCUGGGCUCCAACUGAAAAUCUUAUUGAAUCCUUUACUCAAAACCAAACAGACUAUAUCACUGACUCUUCCUGUAAUAGCUCAGAUGGAGUACUAGUUAACUUCAGUGCCAUAUACAACAAAACCAACAAUGCAGUUCCUGCAACUCCACUUAGCCUAGAUAGUCCUGUUCAUGGAUCAGGUGCAAUGUUACAAGACAGUUCAAACCCUUUGCCUAGCUGGUCAUCUCACAGCACUGAUCCAAACUGCAACAUCUAUCCAUCCAACUCUGAUGGCUUCCCAUCAAUGGAAAUCUCUGACCUCACCAUGUGUCUGCAGAGUCAGGCACGGUUAGCAGGUUCCACCCAGAAUUACUAUAAACUGGUGACAUGUGACCUAUCAUCCCAGUCUUCACCCAGUCCACCCUGGUCCUCUUUGACCAGUUUCUCUGAGACUCAAAGCCAGGGAAGCUGUUCUCCACCUUCAGAAUAUUUCCUUUUUGGACAUUCAGCGGGAGAUGAAAGGAGGAAGCCAAAGGUUGACCAAAGUGAACACCAGGGUGAUGAAGGGAAGAGUAAUAGACGAGCCGCUAAGGACCAAUCUAAGGGAACAAAAGAGACAAUGGCACACAUAAAAACUUGCCAAUCUGCUUCAGGAGAACAUGGUAGUUGUAAUUAUACCAAGGCUACUCAGUCUCAAAGCUGGACUGGCAGCCAGAAAUGUUCUACCUUAUUGAAGCUGGGAGCCCUACAAAACAGCUGUCCCAGCAAUUUAGACACAAACUUAUCUUCACCACUAUAUAGGCAACAUGCCACCUCUUUUGUAGAAAUUGUCCGAAGUAAGAAGGGAAAUGGAGAAUCAUCUAUGAAAAAGAGCAUAGAGGAUCCAUCAGGCUCACACUUCAUCCAUAAUCUCUCCUCCAUCCAGAAACAGGAUGAUUCAGAGAUGGCAGCAGAGUCACUGAGUGCUGACAGCAGUAGUCAGUCCAAUCCAGAAGGUGCAUGUGCUUCAUCCCCAGAAGUUGUGCGAUACACAAAAGCACAAAGGCCCACCUUUCUCCCCAUCCAGCCCUUUGUGCUUCAGGCUCCCUCAGGAAAACAGAGCAAGACUCUUGGUUCUCUUCUCAAUCAGUACAUUAGCCACAAGUACUGCAAGCCUGGUCCAUCCAAAGCUACUUGCAAAAGCAAGGUACAUCCACUCCACAUACAACCCUCACCUCUUGGGAGUUCCUCUAACAUUCACCUGGAGGCAGGAACCAGUUCAGACAGUUGUUCCACCUGCACAUCAAGUCCUAUUUUGCCCCAUAACCGCCCCCAUUGUACCCAGCCCAGCACAAUGUUAGGGCUCAUUCACCAGGACUUGAUCAGAAAUCCACAUAUGAGUCCAAAUAUGAGAUCAAGAAACCCUCAAAGCCCAGAGCAAACAGACGGGAGUCCAAAGGCCUACUCAAGUCAAAGUCAAAAACAAUCUUGGUCUGGAAAACAAGUUUCUCAGAUUUGUCUUCCUGAGCAGGUGUCCCUUGUUCAGGAGACCACAGGUCCUUUGGAUGCAUCCCACCCUUUACAUCAAAGCUCCUCCCCUGCCAUUACCUCAGUCACCUCCUUGACCUCUAUCUCCUCCCUCAUCUCUCUACCUGGCACUGGACAGAAAUCCAUCUGGCCUUUUGAAACAGCAUCACAGGUCUGCAUGAAUGAAGAACCCAAGACCAAUGCUGACUACAUCUUUGGGCCAAGGAGAUCACCUUGUGUUAUGAGGGAACGUCAACACAGUGACUCAUUCUCCAUGACUGACAGACCCCCUGAGGAGUUCUGCCUUUCCCCAGAAGCCCCUUCAGAUAUUCUUUCAAUUGAUCUUCUGCACAAGAGAAGUAUGUUGAAAGCUGUGAGUUUGGCAGUGGAUAUAAUAACAGCUCAUUUCAACUCAAGACAAGACCCAGGGGAAAAGAUCAGACUGGGAAACAGUUCACUGUGCACCACAAUCAGCCACCUUGUCCUUAAACAGCUCUACCCCACAAUCCAGAACAUUCUUCAAGAUGGUUUGAAAGCAUAUAAAUUGGAUUUGAUUAUUGGACAGCGACGCAACAAACUAUGGAACAUCGUAGAGGCCACGGCACAACCAGGCUCAUCUACCCGACUGCCUGACAGCUUGGUAUCUGUGGUAAAAAAAUGUUCCCAGUUACCAAGUCGCAUGCGGUUCAGUGCCUUCAUCAUAGAUCUGCUAAACUUCCGUGCUUUGGAAUUUUGGAUCCAUCAUUUAUACACUUGUGUAGAUGUUGUGACGGAACACUAUCACCAAUGGGGUUUCUUGGCUCUGGCCCAGGGGCCAAUUUAUGGACCACUGUUCCAAGAGCUGCUUCUUCUGCUGCAGCCACUCUCCCUGGUGCCCUUUGACCUCCAUCUGCCACCUGAACCUAACCUUCAAAGGAUGGAAACGCAAAAGCACAGUACACCUCUGCCUCAUCGGCUACUUGCCCAGUCAGCUCAGUUUCUUCAGAUGAGCUCUAUCCAGACGAACAGCAGAGUCAGAGUCACUGUGACUUCCGCAAGUCACAGUGAUGUUAGUAAAAGGGUAACUGAUGGAUUUGGAAUCAAUCAGACACCCACCUCAAAGAGUGGAACACAGAAGAAAGAAGAUGAAGGAACUGAAAUGGAAAACACUGAGAUGCCACUAUCUUCAACAAGUUCUCUGGAGGACAAACACUUCAGUGAGCUACGUUGGGCCAGACUCUUUGGCUCUGGAGUUGGAACCCCAGUUGGGCCACAGAAGGUGCAAAAGAGCAUUAGUGGAUCUCUGAGAAGUAGGUCAGUAGCUGUCAUUCCUCAAAAUAAUUUCACUUUGUUAACUUCGGUUGUCUUUAUAUCAGAACAUUUGUCUUCUUCUAGGCGGCCCUCAGAAUGGCUUAAGCUUGGUGCAUCAAAAGUGGAUCUGCUAGCACAGUCAGUGUGGACAAGGAAAUGGCCAGAGGCUCAUCUAAGUGGUAAUCAUGACAGAAAACAGCAAAUAAAGAUGAAAUAUUAACUCUUAAGAACCCACAAGGAGUCUGAUUGCAGCUAGACAGAGUAGAAGCACAAAUAAUCCAAAAUAAAAAAUCACCUGAAUGACAUUUUAACCUUACACAGUGAACUGAUGCACCCUGUACAACCCAGUGCAAGCACACCAUAUCUGUUCCUGGACAGAAUGUUGCCAUAGUGAUUUACCAAUCAGGAGAAUUUGUAUUAUUACUUGAUCUUUAAAAGGUAUGAAAAUAUUCAGUAAUUUUAAGCCGUGAUGUUAUAAAGGUUUUUUAGACUAAAUUUCUAACACAAUCAAAGUAUUGUACAGAGUAUAUAACAUGGACGUGUAUUGUCUGUCAGCAAUCAAGCACAAAACUGGAACUGAGGUCCCCAGAAAUCUUUUCCAACCAAUCCCUGCACUUUAUCCCUGUCUCAGGUCUUUAGCUGUCAUGUCAUCUAGUCAUAUCAUUUCUGCUGUUGUUCAACUAUGUGGCUUUAUAAAAAGUACAUUUCCUCAUGGUUUAUUCGAAAUAGUUUCUAUUACUUUGCGAUUUCCAUGCAUGAUAGCAUAAAUGUAUACACAUGACAAACUAAUACUGUAGUUUUCCUUUUUUGUAUUCAGCGAAUUACACCUGCUGGCUUUAUUGCAUUUUUGUGCAUGAUGAAAUCUAUUUAAUAUAGCUAUUUUCUUUGAUAAAUAUGCAUGCUGAGUAGCUUUAUAUUUCUUAUGUAUUACUUAACGGCAGGACUAGUUAAGUAGCGAUAUUUAUUUAUGACCACAUUUGCCCAAGCGUGACCCCUGAUGUUAGUGAUGCAAAGAUGGACAAGAGCUCAUUAAGAGGACGGUAUGAUUAUGAGUGUGUUUUAAAAGCAGCAUUUUUUUCUAUUUCCUGAUAUUAAAAUUAUGCCUGAUUGGAACUUUGUGAUAAUAAAGAUUUGUUGAGUCAU